GCCAACAGUCGUUAGCGCGCCACGGUCCAUACUAGAGGAUUAAAACCAAAAUACCACCAUUGUCUCAAUUUAAAUACAAAAUUUUCAAAAACAAUUUCGAAAUCUUAAGGAACUCAAGGAGUUCUUAACGCUUGUUUUUUUUUUUGAUUUAAUUGGCCAAGUGCUUAGUUUUUUGUGUGUUUUGUGCCAUGAGCCAGGACAACGUUGGCAUCCUGCAGCUGCUGCUGCUGGGCCUCCUGGUGGCGCCCGGUUGGGCGGCCUACAAGCUCCAGGAGCGCUACAGCUGGAACCAGCUCGACUUCGCCUUCCCGAAUGCCCGUCUCAAGGAGCAGGCGAUGGCCAGCGGAGACUACAUCCCCCAGAACGCCCUGCCCGUCGGCGUCGAGCACUAUGGAAAUCGGCUUUUCGUCACAGUUCCCCGAUGGCGUGAUGGCAUUCCGGCCACUCUGACCUACAUCAACAUGGACCACAGCCUGACGGGGAGCCCGGAGCUGAUCCCGUAUCCGGACUGGCGGGCCAAUACCGCCGGAGACUGUGCCAACAGCAUCACCACCGCCUACCGCAUCAAGGUGGACGAGUGCGGGCGCCUGUGGGUCCUGGACACCGGCACCGUGGGCAUCGGCAACACCACCACGAAUCCCUGCCCCUACGCGAUCAACAUCUUCGACCUGGCCACCGACACCCGGAUCCGGCGCUACGAGCUGCCCGGAGUGGACACCAAUCCGAACACCUUCAUAGCCAACAUCGCCGUGGACGUUGGCAAGAACUGCGAUGAUGCCUAUGCCUACUUUGCGGACGAACUGGGCUAUGGUCUGAUCUCGUACUCCUGGGAGCUGAACAAGUCCUGGCGCUUCUCGGCCCACUCCUACUUCUUCCCGGAUCCGUUGAGGGGCGACUUCAACGUGGCCGGCAUCAACUUCCAGUGGGGCGAGGAGGGCAUCUUCGGCAUGUCCCUGUCCCCGAUCCGCUCCGACGGCUAUCGCACCUUGUACUUCAGCCCCCUGGCCAGUCACCGGCAGUUCGCCGUCUCCACGAGGAUCCUGCGGGACGAGACCAGGACGGAGGACAGCUACCACGACUUCAUCGCCCUGGACGAACGUGGCCCCAACGCCCACACCACGGCCCGUGUCAUGAGCGACGACGGCAUCGAGCUCUUCAACCUGAUUGACCAGAAUGCCGUGGGCUGCUGGCACUCCUCCAUGCCCUACUCCCCCCAGUUCCACGGCAUCGUGGAUCGGGAUGACGUGGGUCUAGUGUUCCCAGCCGACGUCAAAAUCGACGAAAUGAAGAACGUGUGGGUACUUUCCGACAGGAUGCCCGUCUUCUUGCUCUCCGACCUGGACUACGCCGAUACCAAUUUCCGUAUCUACACCGCCCCCCUGGCCUCGCUGAUCGAGAACACGGUCUGCGAUCUGAGGAACAAUGCCUACGGACCUCCCAACUCCGUUUCCAUACCCAAGCAGGCCGUGCUGCCGGUGGGGCCGCCACUGUACACCAAACAGUACCGUCCGGUGCUGCCGCAGAAACCGCAGACCAGCUGGACCUCCUCGCCCCCAGCACCACCGCUGCCACCCAGCCGCACCUACUUGCCGGCCAGCUCCGGCCCUGUGGUGUCCAGUGUAAGUGUUUCCACCAAUACGGUGGGUCCUGCCGGCGUGGAGGUGCCCAAGGCGUAUAUAUUCAACCAGCACAACGGCCUCAACUAUGAGACCAGUGGCCCCCACCUCUUCCCCACCCACCAGCCCUCGCCCCCCGGCGGACAGGACGGCCUCAAGACGUACGUGAGUGCCCGCCAAUCCGGCUGGUGGCACCACCAGCACCAGGGCUAAGAAGGACAUCUCACAACCCGGAGGAGAGCAGCUUGGGAACGGGGUUUCAAUCGCUUGCUGUUAGGAUAUUCGAAAGCAAAACUCACACACACCAAACCACAAAAGGAGCAAGCAAGGACAUCCAGAGAAUUGCAUUAGGUUUUCUAAUUUAAGCCAUCAAAUAAAACUAUCUAUUUUUUUUAAUAAACCCUAAUACAUACAUUUGUUUUAAAGAAGGAACUCGAAAGCGAUUAAGAAUCAUUGCUAAAUAAAUGCUCGAAAGAUAAA